UAAGCCGUUAUGUGUACUUUAAAUUUUGUGCGUCGUUUGUGACUAUCUGGGCUGUUUCUGGAUUCUGUUGAUAAAUUUAAAGUCGUUUUCGCUUUUGUCGAGCAAACCAUAGUCGACACCCGAGAGAGGCGGCGAAUUAUAAAAAACAUAGCAGUCUCUACUAGACGGAAAUGCUUUUCAUUUCAAUGAUAACGGUUAUCACGUUUUCUAAAACAAAACGUUCCUUACAUUCUCAGUAGUACAUAAUAAUUACUUGAUGAAAGCCAGUGAAGUUAACAAAGAAAGCAAUAAUAAAUCAAUUUGUACUGUCAAAUAGUAAACGCCACUCAACUUGAGAAUUAUAUUCUAAUGUUGAUUAUUGUGUACUAACUAUAUUGUUUUCUCUUGGUGCGGUACAAGUUGAUUUUACAGCAAUAAUAUUAAUUGUUUGUAGUUUCUGUCAGACACCGACAGCGUCUUCGUCUUCAGUUAGUUUUAGCCUUUAGCUAGCCUCAGUUUUUUGGUUCUUUUAAUCUUUUAGACUCUAUAGGCUAUAGGCUUUAGGUACAGCCAUGAAUCCCAGGGCUAAAAAUCAUUUUAAUACCAUUCCGAGCCUUUUGCGUGACUGAUACCGCAGUGAUAGUGUGUAUGUACCCACACCAUAUCGGCUUAUAAAUCUCGUGCAGAGUUUUGAAAUAUUUCUGAUUAUUCUAAAGCAAAGAGCUUAAGAACUUUGAGAACUUAAGCCGCAGACAAAUCUAGAAAAAAAAAACUGAUGUCAUGUCACUCGCUGUUGUUUAGUUUACCAAAUGUUUUCACGCUGAGAAUGUUCUAUAUCUAUAAAUGGCAGGGGCUCACAUUGAUUCGAUUACGUGACUUUUAGUGCACGUUUUGAUGGGCAAGCAGUAAUUGCUUGAUAUUCGAUUGACUGAUGACAGCUAAACGUGUCCGUGAGAUAUUAUUGACCAGAUGCCAAAUCAGUCGGGUUCUUUUCAGCGAUUAUUUUGCCCCGACAUAAAAUCAGUUCCCUUUAUAGGGUGCAGGGUACUGGUGCGGGGGUUUUCCCAACAAAGUUUGAAACGGGUGGCCUGGGCCCCUUUCUCGAAAGUCCCGGUAACUUUAUAACGGAACCAAAGCCAUGUUUUAACAUCUAAAUCAACUGAAGGGAAUAGUAGAGCGGGAGUAGCUCAAAACCACUCCAUUCUGUUUCGUUUCCUGAUACCUUUAUUGUUUGAAUUUCAAAAAUAUUAAUAUCUCGACCUCGAAUGUAAACACGGCAAACAGAAAACAACGUUUCGGGAUCGGUAACUACCGGUCCUUUGAGAAAGGGGCCCCGGAUCUGCACCCAAUAGACAUCGUUUUGUUAUAGAAAAGAUAACCCUUAAAUCUGCCAUCCAUAGAAAAUGUUAGCCCUUUCACAUACCGACAAAAGACACAGAAGACACACCACAUCCUCUUUCUAUAACCUUGGACUGAGUAUCUACUUAAAAAACUUCAAUCACUUCAAAGCCGUUAGGUGCAAUUGCUCUCGAUAUUUUGAAUGGGCCUAUAAAAUACCUAACUACUUAGCGUAACGUGUUUCUAUACUUCAGGCCGACGCAUUCCACUGGAUAGUUAUUUAUGCGGUGGAUAGCGUUAUACACCUUUUCUUGAAUAACCCGGGCCAGUUCGUGAAAUCCCUGCCCUUUUGUAUACCUCCAGCCAGAAAAAGGUACCCCCUGCGGGCACAGCUUCGCCCGUAUAGUCUAUUUUGGGGAUUAUCCCCGGUUAACCCCGCCGGUGACUAGACUGGGAAUAAAACGAUACAAUAGCAAAAAAGAGACAAUAAAGAUUAUGCCUCGUAAGGUUGUCCGGACAAGCCAUUUUUUGGAAUAUUGCUAGACCAGCCAUCAAAACUCCAUUAACUCCGACAUCCAAUUUCCGGCUUCCGUUUUGUAAUGGGUCUGGAAGAGUCUGCGCUAUAUUAUCAGGAAACAGAACUUUUACGAGAACAGUAUUUUCCCAUACGAAUGUAAAUAUUAGUUGUUCAAAAGAAACCGCUGCAACAGUUUUCGACUUGGUUCUCCCUGAUCUUAAUUAAUCAAGCUCCAAAUACUGAUUUUCAUGCGUUCCUUUAAAUGCUAGUUUGAGGGUUUGGUGGAAUAUUGCGAAGCUUUAAGUCGACUCGUUUUAAUUUUUAUAAGAAUAUAUUUUAUAAGGACUACAGAAGCCUGAAAUUUGCGAAAUUUUAAGAAUAUUUUAAGAAUAAACUUGAGGCUGAGCGUGUGAAAAUCAUAUAAUUUUGUGUGUUGGAAAUUUGCAACUACGAUACAAUUACGUAGUAGUAAAUCAUAUAAUAUUCAUCCUUCUCUAAACGGCGAAACUAGUUAAAAAAACAACAAAAACAGCACUAGCUGUAUGUUCGAUGUUAUGACAUUUCUGCCAGGAGUGUGAGUGAUGUGCGUCACAUUAGGGUUUAUUGCUUGCAGUCUGGCUCGGAAAUUACUUCAGCGCUAUCAAAAGCAAAAGCCAUACGCCAUAAUCUAAGAAUAUUCACAAGAAUAUUUUCAGCCUAAAAUCGGCAGAAAAAUAAGAAUAAUCAGCCUGGGCCGGAAAAACAUAAUACUCUUAAGGGAAAAAAGAGUGUAACGGCGCUACAAAGUAGCGAUCCCAAGUGAAAAUCGACUUUAGUUGAAAACACUAGUGGAUGAUGCGGCUGGAUGCCAAAAACAAUACAUCGACUCUUCUGCUGGGUGAAAAUUCUUUACAACAAUUCCUGUCAUCUUUGGUCUGCAAAUUGCUGACCUUUUUCUCAAUAUAAGACUAGUUGCUUCAUGCUUGCAGUAUAUUUGCCGGAAGUAAGACGGAACGACCGAUACAUGGUGCACGUUUUUAGCUAUUUUUAGCUACCGAGGGUAUGCAUUUUACUGUACCAAUAGGAAAAGACGUCUGUAUCCUAAAGUAACUCGUUAGUUUACUUCCGACCUCAACUGUGUAUUCCGUAGUUGAUGAUUUGUCAAUUAAUUCUCAUCACCCAUCUGUUUAGCAAAGUAUUGAAGUUGUUAGGAGAAUUAAGAUUUUGGUUAUUUUUGGGAAUCAUUUUAGUAACCAUUUCAUGGUGAAAUGUGACACUUACCACAAGCAUGACAUAUGUCUCCCAUUCACUUUCUAACACCAAUUUACAUGUAAAUUGAUCAUAUAAAUCGUAUAAGAAUGAGAGAAAUUUGAAUUUUCUAUCACUCGUGAUGCCCGCUCCAAUAUCCCUUAUGAUUAAAAUUUCAUAGAUGUUACAAGUGAUAAAACACUUAGAAACCUUUAUACUUAUAAAUAUAGUCUUUCAUUAAAACGUGGAACUUCUCACGGCCUGUGGCUACGUGCACGAGUAACACGAGAGGCUGUUCGUUUUGUCCACAUUAUGGACAAUGGUGAAAAAUUUGAGCAUAAUAAUUAAUUUCCACGGCCCUAGUAGGUACUAUUGCAAAUAACGAAAUUUAGAGUGACUUCCUGUUCACCUGCUAAAAUAGUUUUAAAAUACGUUUGGCUCGCUGUCCCUCAUACUUUAAGGCAGAGUUCACAAAAGGUGGCCAAGCAUUCAUUCGCCGUUUAAAACAGGGGUACCCAAGAUGACAAACGUUACUCCAACUAGCGAACCUGAAACAAGUGUCCCCGAAGUGGAACCCACGUUUGAAGUUGCCUUCGAGCCCCUGCCACAUUGGGACCAAGCGAGGGAAACAUGGCAAUGGGCCUGGGACCUUCACUGGGCAGGGCUUGGUUGCAUGUUUGCUCUUCUCGCGCUAUACGCGCUUUGGUCCCUCAUUGACUUGGCGGCAAGCAAACACAGACGAAAACCUCUCCUUGCGUUGGCAAUAAGCUCGCUUCUUCUUCUAUUUGGAUCCACACGAGCUGCGUUCUUUUUUAUCAACCCCUACGAGUCCGAAGAAUGUUUCUUACCAACUGGCACUUGCCCAGUGAUAUUGACCAGGACAUUGUUUGGUAUUGCCCUACCGUGCAUUACCGCCUCGUUCUUCCUUGUCCACUUAGCGUUUCUCCAGUUGUCAAAGUUAAAACUCUACCCUGGAAAGUUACAGAGCGUCAAGUUUGUGACUUGCGUUAUCGCAUUCCACUUUGCGCUCACGCUGAUAGCAGAAGUCAUGAUAUCAAUGUACGCGGACUGGAAAGCGUUCAGCAUCGUUUGCGAGACGUUUUUCAUCCUCCUAAGCUUCAUACUGUCCGUGAGUUUUAUUUACAGUGGAAGAAUCAUUCUCAAAUCUGUGCAUGAAUCACGGUCGUCAGUUCGCCGCUUUAGCGGCCUAAAUGGAAAUUUUAGACUCAACCCACCUCCAAACGUGGCGAAACUCGUCAAGAUAACUUACAUAACUGUAUUCCUGGGCAUAACCUGUGUUGUGUUGAAGCUGUACUCGAUAUUCGUUUUACACAACAUGUAUUCUAACGACGGAGCUGCCAUACCCAAACCGUGGCCUUGGCUUAUAUUCGAAACGUCGUAUAGACUUGUAGAAUUCGGGCUUGGCUGUACAAUGGCUUACGUAAACCCGAGACAAGCUUCCUACAGGAGGAGGUCCAGAAGUGGGAUAUUUUUGAUGCAAUGCAAGUUAAGAGCAGGGUCGUCCUUGUAUAUACAGAAUAACCAGAGCAGUGGGGACAGUGGCGAUCUUGCCUCCGCGACUCCUUCCGCGCGAAAGUCUGUGCCUACAGUGGAACUGGGGACUGUGAACGAGGGAGGGAAUUUCUCCUUCUUUGAGGGACAGGAUAAAAAUGAAUCACAGUUGAGACCAACUUAAGUUUUUCACGAGAACCUCUCUUCUGUCACCUUACUUUGAAGAGUAAAGGAGAAAACGAGAACACUGCGCUUACUAAGAGGGAAACAUUUUGUCCUUCAUCUGUUAACAAACAAUUAGAAAGAGAACGAUACGAGAAGGGCCAAGUCCAGCUCCUACAGGUUGACGCGCGAAAUCACCCAAGUGAAGAAUCUCAACCUCUCUAUCAACAUGCUCGCAGUAGUAGUGAAAAGAAAGAAAAUGUAACUGAUUCAAUCCUCGGCCAAAUAAGACCUUUUGACAUUAGCCAUUCCUCCAGUAAAGGCAUUUAACUUUGUCUUGUUUAUGACGAACAUCGCGUCAGAUUAAACCACCUUGACCCCAGGAACCCUUUCCUUUGCCUCCCUUGACGUUGAGGAGAAACACCCGUCUUUCUCCUCAAAGGAGAGAGAGCCCGGGAAACAGAAUGCCGGACGUUGUUAUUUCCCACGGACCUUUGACCAAUUCCGUUUGUCGAACUGACAUCUGAAGCGAUGGAUUACAACUAGAUUACAUUUGAACUGUAGUGCAUUCUUCUAUACGAAUAACCAAUUACCCAGCGUGCGGGCUUCUCUAAUUAAUUUCCUUGUAACGCAGGCUAGGGGGUCAACAGCCACUAAGCAUAGCCGAAGAAAAACGACUCGACAAGAGCAACGCAAGUAGCACACCGCAAGAGCGGGACAGGUCAUGUGACCCAAAAACCACCAUUGACUAAGCCCUAUACUUGAUGGCUAAAAAUGAGUGAUAGUUUCGCCCGGCAAGUCUAGAAUAUGAAUUGAUUCUGUACCAGCACGUGGUACGUAGUACAUACAUUGAUACAUGGUACAUGCAUUGAUUCGGUACCAGAAUGUAACGUGGCUACACUUAAAAUCCAAUUUGUCUUAUAUGCUUCUGGUCUGAAUAACCAGCGAAAUAACACAACCCCGAUAUAAAGUGCACCGUCAACUCGGAAAAGCAAAAGAAAGCGAAGCCAAAAAGAAAAUUCCAAUUAUUACAUAACAAUGUCGUUCGACUAUAUGCUCUUUCAUAUCAAAGAUUUCCAUACAUUUACAGUUAGUUUGCCGCUACAUUAUGAUGGAUUUCUUAAUUCUCCCCAGCUAUUUCCUUCACAGUGUAUCGACGUAAUAAAAAGAAAGUAGAUGUGAAGCUUUUAAUAAAGUGUUUUAAACUGUU